UAUUACAAGUUUCUAGUGAAAAAUAUUAAAUUUUGCUCCGAAAAACGUUUCUUGUACACAAAGAUUUUUAGCCAUAGGCUGUUCAUCUCUUCGCUGAUCUUUCAAAUAAGAACCAUGCUGAGGAUUCGUCUCAAAAUGGGACCUUCUAUGAGAAAUAAAGAAUGGACAUGCUGUUUUGGAAUCCACGUCCGUACUGCGACUAUCAUCAUUGGGGUCUGGCAUCUGUGCUUGAACCUACUAGCUUUAGGUAUCAUUUCAAUCAUAAUCCGAACAAACAACUACCAUUUGUUGUUUGAUGGUAUGAACGAUAUCGAUGACAAUGGAAACGAACAACUCGCGCCGGUAUUGCCGACGCCCUUGAGUAAGGUGGAUCGCCCUUAUGCUUAUAUUGAACGUUUCCAACAAUCUGGAUUACAUAGUAAUGACGUUGAUAUGAGUGGAUUAGUGUUUCUCUGCAUGAUUGCUGUAACUUUGAUGCUGAUUUAUGGAGCGGUCAAGGCUAAACCAUCUCAUCUACUACCAUUUUUCUGCUUACAAAUAUUCGAUUUUGCAAUUGCCACUCUUACAGCGGCUAAUCACUUAUGUUAUAUAAGAUCUAUACAUAUGUGGAUAACGGAGAGCCAGAAUAGGUUACCCUGGAAAGAAGAAUUUGUAAAGUUGAGUCCCCAAACCCUGUCGGUGCUGGUUUUGAUUGGAUUUAUCCUUUUCAUUUUCCUCAAGGCCUACGCAAUUGGUAUUGUUUGGCGUUGCUAUAAAUUUUUAACUUUUAGGCAGCAUAAUAUACGUUCCAUGCUACCGUACAUCAUACCAGAUAUUCCAGAUACUCCGGAAUCGACUAAUAUGCGACAGGAACGCGAUAGUAAUUCUCUUCUUCCCGACUAUGAUGAAGCAGUAGCUCAAAGCUUGAAACAGGCACCACCUCCAUCGUAUGUAGUUGCGAUGUCUAUGAAUAAUAAGGAUAAGGCGCAAAUUGAUGCAACACCUGCUAAAGCUGUAACUAUAAAUUCCAAUGAGAAUGUAAGCUUCUCUGAUCCGCCUCCGUACAAUGCUGUUGACGAUGACGUACAACAUAAUGUAGCAACGCCUGUUGACAACGCUGUGUCGGUAAUCGUUGUCGAAUCUGCUUCUAGUGCUACUUAAAACUCGCUACAUUCAAUAGAGUCAAAUAGAACUUGAAUACUAUUAUAAGCAUUAUACAUAUGAUUCGGAUCAGAUAACCCGUCAUACACAUUGAUAAGCACAGUACAUCUAGCAAUAUUAUGUGUUUUUGUAAACCUGAUUUUUAAAUUUCUAUCUUUUAUAUUGUUAUUCUCAAAAUUAUUUA